GAAAUUUCCAGUUCCAUUCUUUUGCCGGAUACGUUUCGAAGGAGUCGGCGCUUGUUUACCGUUUUCGCGGUUUUCCUCGCUUUCAUUACCAGGUAUUUGGCGAGUUACAAGGUUAGAAAACAAGGCUACAUACCGCAUCGAGCGAGCAAGGCCGUGCAGUUCAAUUUUCGUGUUGCCGAUAACGAUUGGACUUAUUGAACGUAGCAAAGCCGCAAGUCAGCAUGGGCGACGAAAAGCCACUUCAGUACAUGUCAGGGUUUGGUAAUGAAUUCUCAUCUGAAGAUCCGAGGUGUCCGGGCUCAUUACCGAAAGGACAAAACAGCCCACAGAAAUGCCCGUAUGGUCUCUAUGCAGAACAGUUAUCAGGAUCAGCCUUCACUUGCCCAAGGACUUCGAACAAGAGAAGUUGGCUGUAUAGGAUAUUGCCGUCUGCAAAGCACGAGCCAUUUCGCCCAUACGCUCACCCGUAUGUCACUCAUAACUGGGACGAUGAAGCCCCCAAUCCCAACCAAAUGAGAUGGUCGCCGUUUAAGAUUGCGAGCCAACAUGAGAGGAAAGUGGAUUUUGUGGAUGGUCUCAGGACAGUAUGUGGAGCAGGCGAUGCCAGGGCUCGAAAUGGAAUUGCGAUUCAUAUUUACACUUGCAACACAAACAUGGAAGACAAAGCGUUUUAUGAUUCAGAUGGAGAUUUAUUGAUUGUUCCACAACAAGGAAAUCUCUACAUAACGACAGAGUUUGGUAAAAUGGUUGUCGAACCAAAUGAAAUUUGUAUCAUCCAGCAAGGAAUGAGAUUCACUGUGAAUGUUGAUGGCAUGACUAGAGGAUAUGUUUUAGAGGUAUUCGGAGUUCACUUUACACUUCCUGAUCUGGGUCCGAUUGGGGCGAACGGUCUUGCGAACCCCAGAGAUUUUUUAACCCCCGUUGCAUGUUACGAGGACAGGAGUGUUGAUUAUACCAUCAUAUCAAAAUACCAGAGCAAACUCUUCUGUGCCAAACAAGACCAUUCACCGUUUGACGUUGUAGCAUGGCACGGGAACUACGCUCCUUAUAAAUAUGACCUGGACAAAUUCAUGGUCAUAAACGCUGUGAAAUUUGAUCACGCGGAUCCAUCAAUAUUCACUGUUCUUACGGCUCAAUCGUUACGUCCAGGUGUCGCCAUUGCAGAUUUUGUUAUUUUUCCUCCCCGGUGGUCGGUCCAGGAACACACAUUCAGGCCACCGUAUUAUCACAGGAACUGUAUGAGUGAAUUCAUGGGAAUUAUCAAAGGCACAUAUGAAGCAAAAGUCGGAAGCGUGCCGGGAAGUGCGACGUUACACUCUAUGAUGACGCCCCACGGCCCCGAUGCCGCCUGUUUCGAAAUGGCUUCAAAGGAGGUUAUGGAGGCAAAGUUUAUUGCAGCCGGUACCCAGGCAUUCAUGUUCGAAUCUUCAUUAAGUAUGGCUCUCACUAGGUGGGGUAAUGAGACAUGUGACGUGGUUGACCAUGAAUACUUCAAAUGUUGGGCACCGAUUAAGAAGCAUUUUGAUCCAGACUGGAAACCAGAAGGAGAGCAAACUCAAAUGAAUGAAUGAGUCGCAACCCAGAAGCAAAUUUUUUAUUAUUUACCAUAUUUUGCCUUUUUUAUGCUUUUUAUGCCAUUUUUACUAAUUCCACCCAUUUCGUAAAUUUUCUAUUUUAAUGAUUCUGCAUCGUCCAAAGAAUUGUCGAUAUUGGCCAGAUUAUUGUUUUACCUAUAUUUUCCAAAAUUUAAGUUUGCAAUGAAGGUCGCACGUUAAAUGUUUUGACUAAUAGAGUAAUUAAAAAUUCACCUGGUCACGCUGUAAAGCAUAUCAAUCUGUAUAUAACUAGUUAUCGCAUUACGCAGAAAAUUAAUUAAUUAGCCAUAAUCGUACUUUUAAGCCAUCCUGUAUAUUAUUCAAGACGUAAAGGAACCAAUAAGGGAACUGUAGGCAGGGACAUAGCCAAGAAUUUUCGAGGGGGAGGGGGGGGAGGUUCUGAAAUUUGUAAUUGCCAAAUUAACAGGACCGGGUUUCCAAAAGUCUUGAUGGUCUAAAAAGCAUUCGAAGCUACGAAAAAUUGCUAUGUAGCAUGUAUGAUACAAUUUUUUUCUAGUUUUUUCACAUUUCAAGGGGGGGGGGGUUCCACCCUGUUUUUUCAAAUAUAAAAAAAUUAUUAGUUAUAGAAGAGGGUUGGGCAAGGUUUUUGAACCAGGGGCCAAACAUUUGGGCCACGUAGGUGUGACGUGAAAAAUUACAUUUUAUGAACAAUAUUUACAGUGUUACAAAAACAAAA